AUGUCCUUUAACCCUAAUUCAAAAGGGGAGUACCAUACGGAGCAGGCCACGGGCGUACGCUGCCACGUCUGGUGCAAGUACUGUCUGAAAAAAGUGUACGACACCAAAUCGUGGGGGUUGACGGAUUGGAGCUGUGGCUGUGGAAGUACUACAAAAGAUAUCUUUUGUAAUGGCACCUGGGAACGCGUUUAUCUCGUUGUUGGUCCGAAUUUUUACAUUUAUCGGAAUUGCGUGUUCAUUUUCACGACGGCUCCCUGGAUAACCGGAGCGCCAAAUGAUUGGGACUUUCGUGCUUGCGACCUUUACGCCAGCGCCUUUGCAUUGUGCCUGGUUUUGUUGGCGUUGCAUUUUGUGUAUCGCUAUAUUGUGCUAUGCAAAAACAACCACUCUUGGCUGGUCGACCGCUGGGCCUCCCAAUUCUGUUGGUUCUUGUUUGCCCUGUUCAUGUCCUUUUGCUGGGGAGCCGCCGUGCGGUUUGGGAUGUACCAUGGAGAUUUGGCCAAAAAUUACGGGAGAGUGCAGCUGAAACGGGAAUACGAUUUUGACGUCGACCGAACCGGAUUUGUGGCUGUUGUAUACGCGGCACCAAAUGCAGAAGGGGUCGUUAAAAUUGUUUGGCCAACAAUGGCCGCGAUCACCGUAUGCCUGACUAUAUUGAACGGAUCUUUUUUGACAAUUCUAUACUGCGGUACAAGCAUUUUCAAAACAUUAAGAAAAGGUGUGAUGAGCGAAAAGACGCGACGGAUCCAGAAGGACAUGUUCCGAGCUUUGGUGUUACAGUGCUUGGUCCCAACGCUGUUUGAUUUUCUUCCUGCUAUCGUAAUAUUUGCCUGUCCAGUCUUCGGAAUCCCAAAUGGCAUCGACACGAGCUUCAUUUGCAUAACGACUAACAUCAAUAUUUUUCUGCAACCUGUCGUUCUUCUAUAUUUUAUCAAAGACUAUCGCUAUGCGGCUCUGAGGAUUUUUAGCAAAUUCACUCGUGCUACGAGGUAUGUCGAUCCUGGUAUCACCGUUUCGACCACCGAGACAUCGAAAACUACACGACCACGAGGGUCGGGGAAU